GCUUCGGUCGGUCAACACGUGGGGAGGAGAGCGAGAAAGACACACAGAGAGAAAGACACUGAGCACAGGGACACGGCCGGGGUGUGCUGGGCCCAGAGGACAGAGGAACAGUAGCGGAGCUUUAUUUAUACGGGUGUGCGGUUCACCGUGGCGGCGAGAAGGACGUGCAGACACGGAGUAGUAGCUAGGGUUCACAGGAGAUGCCGCUGAGGUUUCGGUCCUUUGUCCCGUACACGCUUCCUGGUGUGCUAGCGCUCAUAGGCUGGUGGUGGUACACCUCACGGAAGAAAGCGCGAAUCACAAGCCACAAGAGUGAGGAGGGACAUGCCAUGGGCUUGCUGGCUUCACCAAGUGAAGGGAGCAAUGGAAUGGUGGAUAAGGGCUGCCCUGCCGCCAGUGUUACUCAUGACAGAUCCUGUCAAGACAGACCUAAAGCCAAAGAGCAGAGGCCUGUUGAGCAGGAGGUCAUAGCACAAGUUCAUGUACCAGCCACAGAAACCUCUGUAGAAGAACCAGUUUGCUCAGCAGUCACGGUUACAACGUCCAGAAAAUUGGGCGCUCCCCCUUGCAGCAAUGCAACUACAGACUCCCACCAGGCCAGCACUGAAAGCAUCAGGCAGACUACCCCACUCUCAACAUCAACCCCAUCAAAUGUAGUAGAGAAAUGUUUUCAAUACAACCAACCAGGGGCAGCUGCUGUAAGCUCUGAGUCAAGCCACCUGCCUACAGAGGAGGCGCUGGGCUCAGCCAUGCAGCCUCAGGAUCAAACAACUGACAAACGGGAAUCUGACAGUAAGAAAGUAAAGCCUGCUGUUGUAUCCUCCUGUGUGAAACUGGCCAAAGCGGAGCGCCCAGAGCCUGAGGGAGAGGUUGCUGGCAACAUAUUGGCUGUGCCUUUUGCUGAGAACGUCCAGGUGGACUUGGUAAAAGACAGCCUUUCCUGCACCAAAGAUGACUUGUCCUCCACUACGACCGCGGCAACUCGCACUGUCGGCCCGGAAAGCCCUAUGGUGUCCGUUUCAUUUCCCCUCUCUGCCAGCACACCUAUCUCAGAUGCUUCUAUAGAACCCCACCACCACGAGAAUGGGGGAGUAAGCAGACCAGCUGAGACGAGGGACAACAUGGAGGAACUUCAGCGCUUGGCUGCCGGUCUCAUAACUGAGGUCAUUUCGGCGGCCAAGCAGGAGGUCAUGGCGGUGAGCAGCUGCAAAACCUCUGAGGCAGCUAGCAGCAGCACACCUACUUUUAAUGGCAAGGGAACCACGGGGGAUGAGGAUGUUCAUGUAUCUCAUGUGGAAGCCCCUUCUCAAAGUCACACAGAUGACAUACAGCAACAGGCAGCACAGAUUGUAAAGGAGGUCAUCAAUGGCUGCCUCAGUCCUUCUGUAUGGCAGAAGCCAGAGGAAGUGCCGGAAUGUUUGGUCUCCUCUCGAGGACAGUUGGAAUCAACCCCAGUACUUCCCAAGCUCCAGGGUGAGGAGACCAUAACUGCAACAGAAGACUCUGGAUGUAGCACAUGUCAGUCAGAAGAUGGAAUCAGCAGCGAGGACCUUCUCCUCAGCACAGGUUUGUCCUCGGCAGUGCCGGAGAGUAAAGAGGACCUUAUUCAGAUUUCAGGGAUCUCGAGAUGUUCAGAAGAAAAGGAAGACGGACUGCAGGAGAGUUCAGAUUUAACAGAAUUGGAAGAGCCAACGCUGACUAGAGAGCAUGUUGCUGCUGUGUGUGAGGCAGCGAGGCUCAAUGGGACAGGCUUCCGGAACGGAACCAGUGAAGCAGAGGCCGACCAGUCUGGAGGUUCAGAUGUGAACAGCAUGGAUUCAGUGGACAGCUUCUCCACUCUGGGGGCAGGAGAUGGCCAGCUGAGUGGCAGCCAAGCCAGUCCAUCUCAGAGUUCUGAGCUGAUUGUGUGGGAGAUAGAGGUGCCAAAGCAUCUAGUCGGUAGAUUAAUCGGCAAACAGGGGAGGUAUGUGAGCUUUCUGAAGCAGAGCUCAGGUGCAAAGAUCUACAUUUCAACCCUGCCUUACACUCAAGAAUUUCAGAUCUGCCACAUAGAAGGCACCCAACAGCAGGUAGAUAAAGCGCUGGCCCUGAUCGGCAAGAAGUUCAAAGACUUGGACCUGACCAACCUGUAUGCGCCCCCACCGCUGCCACUCUCACUGCCCUCGCUGCCCAUGACAUCCUGGCUCCUCCUUCCUAAUGGGGUGACAGUGGAGGUUAUUGUGGUGAACAUCGUCUCAGCUGGCCACGUGUUUGUCCAGCAACAUACCCACCCAACGUAUCACGCCCUGCGCAGCCUGGACCAGCAGAUGUUCCUGUGCUAUUCCCAGCCUGGAACGCCAGCUCUGCCAUCUCCAGCUGAAGUUGGUGUGAUCUGUGCAGCUCCCGCAGUUGAUGGUGCUUGGUGGCGAGCACAGGUCAUCUCCUUCUACAAGGAUUCCAACGAAGUGGAGAUCCGAUACGUGGACUACGGUGGCUACGACAGAGUGAAGAGUGAUACCCUUCGUCAGAUUAGGUCUGACUUUGUGACGUUACCAUUCCAAGGAACAGAAGUGUUGCUGGACAACGUGGCUCCUCUUCCUGGAGAGGAUCGGUUCUCAAGUGAAGCCAGCUCUGCCCUGGAAGAGAUGACACGAGGAAUACCAUUGCUUGCGCAAGUCACAAACUAUGACAAUAACACAGGCCUUCCGUUAGUACAAAUGUGGAACAUGGUUGGAGAAGAGCUGGUGCUGCUGAACCGCACUUUGGCAGAGCGAGGCUUUGCCACCUGGGUUGACAGCUUCUGAUCCGUCUGGUCCCUGCACACCUCUUCCCCCUCCUCGCCCGACUCCUCCUGAUCACCUCCUCACCCCUUUUAUCUUGUGUCAGUGCAGGAUUGACCUGCGCCUCCUCCACCUCCACUCCCAUCCUCACCCCCCCUUAACAUCCUCAGCCUGAAGUGCACACCACUGACUACGGGAGAAUUACAUUUCAGUUUGGGUUUUGAGUUUUUCUUUUCUUUUUUUUUUUUUUUUUUUUGAAUUAUACUCCCUCUCAAAAAUGAAUGAAUUUAUGAAAAUGCAGGGAAAAAAGUGAUAAAUUAAUAUGAAGCCAAGUUCUGUGAGAAAUGAAUGAGGGAAAAGCUCUUCUGAUUGCUGUAAUGAAGAGUGCUUGUAAAUGUAACGAUACCUAAAGAAGAGAAUACAAAGCAAAGAAAAAAAAAGUGGUAACUGAAUAAAAGUUGAUCAAGUUUUCCGUCCAACCAGACUCUUUCCAGCACAAAUAAUCUUGACUGUGGAUAAUUAUGCCAUGGAUGUAAAAGCUGUAAUUAUGUGAAGAAAAAAAAUAAUGUACAUUAAGAGUAUAACUAUGAUGCCGUCAACACUUAACGUUGGUAGCAUUUGAAAGACUGUAAUGUUCGGUUUGGGACUGAUCUUGACACCCUGUGUAUACUUCCGUUUUUGUAGCUCUGUCUCAGUAGUUCAUGUGCUGAUUGGAUUUGUUUUCUGACGCUGGUGGUUCACUGAGGCUGGCUGCUUGUGGGAGGGCACAGCCAGAGUGCUGUCCACUGUCCCAAAUGCCUCUACAGGACUCGUUCCAGUCACUUGAGGGUAGGGAAACUACCACUGCUCCACAGAUCCUGUCUGAUCGUCCACCCCAACUUCUCUCUGUACAGCAAUGUGGCCUUAUGGGGGAAACGUGACCCCUCCCCCUCCCCAGCACUCUCUCUCUCUGUGGACGUGCCCUGCAAAUUGCCUUCGAAGUGAACAGGCCUGGCGUCACGCGUCCUCUCAAAAUGCAGCUCGUAACUGUUGCCCAUUAUUCAAGGAGACACUCACUCUACAACUUGCUCUCUGGGCCGUUCCUGGGCUCGUUCCUCUCCCAGUGUCUGGAGGAAUAAAUACACUAAGGCAUGAGGUUGUGCUUCACUGAUACAACAUGGCCUCACUACAGGUUUUUUUCCCCCUGGACCAGGACUUCUAAACCAGAACACUAUGUCUGUGAGAGGGGCUGAUGUGUUUUUGGGUAGAUGAUUAUAGUAAGACUGUAUGUCUGCUGUAUGCAUGAUCUCCUAUUCUGAGCACACCAUUGGCUUAGUCCUGUGUUAACUCACCUGUCAUAAAAGAAGCCCACAUUUCACUGUAUGUAGUGUGGCUGGCUGCCUGCUAGUCUUGCUUUAAAACAUGCCAGAGGGAAAUGUAUCACUCCUCAUUUCUCAGUUAGGUUUCAUAUAUCUGUGAAUGGUCUUUGUGGUCGUCUGUAGCUGUUUUUCUACAUUCUGUCAAUUGUUGUUGAACAUCAACCCUAGGCCUGUCACGAUAAACAUAUAUUUGUGACUAGAUUUUGUCUUAGAACCGAUUGGAAUCAUUUAUAUUGUGGAAAAGCAAAAUUAACAUUUGUUAGUAAUUGAAAGUUCGGUCAAUGUUCAGAUGAUGGAAUUUGAAUGUGAAAAUAGAAAGAAAUAUUAAGAAAAGGUUGUAGGUUUGCAGGAAGUAAGUGUAAGAGAAAGGCAUUAACCUCAAAAAGUUUAGAUAAGGUCUAUCUGUGGGUGCCAGCUGGGUGGGAUUAAUUUGUGGAUUCUUUGAUCCACAGGGGCAACCUCCAUAGAAUUUAAUUAUUAUUAAAAAGAUCAUAGAAUUGUCUAUAUGAACAGACAAGUGACUGGCAGAAAUUACAUCCACAUUCAAUUCAUAAUGCCUCACGACUUUUGUCUCACAAAUAAAACCACUAUUUCUAAACAAAAUACACACCCUUCACCAUUCACUGUAACCAGAUCUGCUGUAGACAACAGAAAAGAUUGAGGUCAUGCUCAUAUAUAUAUAUAUAUAUAUAUAUAUAUAUAUAUAUAUAUAUAUAUAUAUAUAUAUAUAUAUAUAUAUAUAUAUAUAUAUAUUGUACUAUAAAUCAAAUGUAAUUAUCGUGACCGGCCUACGUAAAUGCCAUGUUGAAUUGCUAGUGAGAUAUAGUGCUCACGGUGGGUUUGUAGUGAAAGAUUUAAGAAAAAGGCUUUAAGAAGUGUCACUCAUCUAGGGCUGGACAAUAAUUCAAUAUCAAUUUAUAUCUCAAUUUAAAAUGAUUUUUAAAUACAUUUCUUAUAUUUUGUUUUACAUUAUUCAUUAUUUACAGCAUCUGUCACUGACUGACGUUUAUGCAGGACACAUUGGUGAAAAUUUUUUUUGUCUCAUAUGUUUUGGGCAUUUUGGCAGUUUGACUGUAUUUUUUUUUUAUCAUUCAUAUCAGUAUUGGGGAAUUAUGUUGUGAAACAAAUUCUGGCCAUAUGGUCCAGCCCUACUGACAAUUAUUUUUCUUUCUUUUUUGAGUUGAUUUGGUGGACAGCCCUGUGAUAUUGUGAGCAGAAUGGAAAUCACUGGGGCGUUUUCAUGUUUUGUUUUUAUAUUUUUGUCAUUGAUGAUGAUUAUGAUCUCCGUUACACUUGGGUUAUAUAACUGACAUUUCAGCCAGGCCUCUUGCGCAGGUUUCUAUACCACUACUAUUCUCCUGAUGUUGGCAGUUCCAAACCUGCCUGAUUUGUGUUCUAAUUGGGCAACUUUUACUACAGUUUGGAUUGGGUCUGUUGGGGUUAUUUUUGGUGAGCACUACUUCAUUAAUUUCCACUAUAAUUACAGUCUUGUACGGUUGUAUGUGUGUGCUGCUAGAAUUCUGUCUUUUUUGAGAAUCACCCAAUACAGCUCUCACUGGGGUCUGCUCGUAUCACAGCUUGAGCUAGUGGUGUGAUACUGAGCGUUUUAUAUCCACACGUUAGACGUCUGAUUUUAACGUUUUCAGGAUGAAGUUCAAAAGAAACCUUGAAUUUAUUUCUUCUGCUUUCUUUUGUUUAAAGGAAGCUUACAGGUCACUCCCUUUGACUUUAAAGGAUGUGUAGUGACGGUUAAAGGUCCCUACAGCCAUGCAGAUACAUAAUGUAAACUGGUGAGGGGGGGUAUGCUUCUGUAGAAGUUACUGCAGAGGGGAAUGCACUUUUCUACACUACUCAUUGCAGUAUCCUCACACUUUCUGAGAGCUGAAGGUACUGUAAUCUCUAUGCUGAGUCUCAGGAAUGGGCUUUCCCUCCUGUUUGCUGUGUUUCGUGUGUUGUCUGAAUCUGUGGUAACGUGUCCGUGUCAGGCAGUGUGGUACUAGAUGGCUUGCAUAAUGAUUUUCAACCUCUUAUCACUCUGUGGAAGUGCAGCUACCUGCACUAAGCAGACCAAUGGAUAAGAAGCCACAGUGACCCAACUGCAGGAACUUUGGACUGUGUGGGGUUUUUUUUUUUUUUUUUUUUUUUUUUUUUUUUUGGAGCGGGGUGGUUGGGGUGGGCUGGGGUUUUGGGGACGGAUAGCGAGUUCAUAGUUCAUGGUAGAGUUGUGACCAUGGAUAUCUAUAUCAGUACUGUCAGCUCAUGUUUCUGCUUGAGGCAGUUUCUAUUCAAGGCAAAUAGAGUAUUGUAAUAACCUCUACCCCUCCAUUCCCCAAUCCCAUAAUGCCCCAUCAUCACACUGUAUUUCUUGACUUGUCCAGGUCUGUGUAAAUAAGAUUUCACUGUACUUUUGUAUAACACUGGGGAGAGUGUAGGAAGCAAAGGGAACAUACUUUUCUUUUUCACCCCCCCCUUUCCAAAAAUCUAUUCCUCAUUCUCUGUCGGUAGGACUGGUUUGAAGUGUUUUGCCUAGCUAGUUUAUUAAUAAUUUUUGAUUCAUGUGAGUGUAAGCAAUCCUGCCCAAGAGCAUAGACAUGUACAGGUCAGUUUUUGCUAGACUCAUUAAAAAGGUUUGAUUCUUGGUUGUACAGAUCUAUUAAAAAAGAGAAUAAAGUUAUUAAAACUUG